AAGCGCCAUCUUACUUCUUGUUCAGAGUGCUGAGCUGUACGUUCCCGGUCCGAGUGAGAGGGACCCAGCUAUGCCGCUUUAUCAGACCUGGGAAGAGUUCACUCGCGCAGCGGAGAAACUCUACUUGUCCGACCCUAUGAAGGUCCGAGUUGUACUCAAGUACCGACAUUGUGAUGGGAAUCUGUGUAUUAAAGUAACAGAUGAUGUUGUUUGUCUACUCUAUAGGACAGAUCAGGCUCAAGAUGUAAAGAAAAUUGAGAAAUUCCACAGUCAAUUAAUGCGACUGAUGGUAGCCAAAGAAUCCCGCAGUGUUGCCAUGGAAACAGACUGAAUAUGUGGAAAUAAAAUGAAUGUUCCAGUCACGUAUCGCGGGAGGAAUGUAUCUAUUGGAUUUGGGCAUAUUUGGAAUGGACACACGAUGGCAUCAAGUGGACUAUUAAAAUUGAGUUUUGUAAGGAUUUGGGGGCUCCACUUCAGAGUGGCUUGGUAGACUAUAUGCUUUCAUUGAAAGCUUCUAUUUAUUUUUCUUUCAAUUUGAGUGAGGAAAUAUAUAUAUGUUCUUUUCUGGAAUUCUUAAAGGUUAAAGUAUACUCAGCCAGA